CUCCGAUUCAAUAGCUACAAUUUCCAGUAUUGAAUCCUAGCGACGUCUAUCCGCUGCCCACACUCCUCUUGACGCUGCCCGAGACCUUUAUGUCACUGUGCUGAGCUGUGCGUUACAACCCCAAACCAUGGAUCCCCUCAGCAUCACUGCAAGCACCAUUGCUAUCCUACAGGCCACAGCGACCUUAGUGUCCUAUGUGAACGAUAUCAAAGGCGCCCCAAGCGACCAGGCGCGUUUCGCAAAGGAAGCGCAGAGUCUCUCGGACCUCCUGACUAAUCUGAUAUGCCGGCUCGGUGAAGGGAAAGCAAAGUCCGAGGAUUGGUAUACGGCCGUUGAAGCGCUGGGGAAACCGGAUGGGCCUUUAGGUCAGUAUGGGACUGCGCUGGAGAGACUUCAGCGCAAGAUUAAGGGUGGAGAGGGACUGGCGAAGAUGGGGAAUGUGUUGUUGUGGAAGUUUGUGAAGGAGGAGGUUGCGGGGAUUUUGUUGCAGAUUGAACGGAUAAAAAGUUUGAUUUUGGUUGCGUUGCAGUUGGACCAUUUGGAACUGUCUCGAGCAAUUAAAGACUGCUUGGCUGAGAUUUACAACAGCAAUGAAGAACUGAAAAUCGAUAUGAGUGCAGUCCUAUGCUCAAUGCCAGUGUUACAAGACGGAAUCAAAAAGAUUCAGGUUGGCCAAGACAGGCAGCAGAAUCAUGAACUCCUCCAGUGGAUAUCAUCGACCGACUUCCCCUCCCAACUGUCUGAUAUCAUAGCCAGGAGGCAGACAGGAACUUGCCAGUGGUUUCUUGAAUCUUCUGAAUUUAACAACUGGCUUUCUGGGACAGAGAAAACCUUGUUUUGUCCUGGAAUUCCUGGGGCUGGCAAGACGAUGGUAUCAGCCAUAGCAGUUGACCACCUUUAUAAAACUACCCACAACAAUAACAUUGGAGUUGCAUAUGUCUUUUGCAAUUAUAAGGUGCAGUCGGAGCAGAACACACUGAGCCUGUUAUCUGCAAUUCUCAAGCAACUGGUGCAGGCACAACCGUCUGCCCCGGAUGCAGCAAAUACCCUUUAUAAUCUCCACCAUGCUAGGGGGACGAUGGCUACUGUCCACGAAAUCUCAAAUACAUUGAAAGUUAUGCUAAAAAGCUUCUCGACUGUAUAUAUUGUGGUUGAUGCUCUCGACGAGUGCUCGGAUGAGCACAAAACCCCCCUCCGGCUCUUAGAAAGGCUCCGGGACCUACAGAAUGAUGGGGACAUACGACUGAUGGUUACGUCGCGCUUCAUUCCGGACAUAGAGGAACAAUUUAAAUUGGCACCAAAAUUAGAGGUUCGAGCAAGCCCUGAAGACGUGGCAGAAUUUAUCAAAGGACAGAUUCCCCGCCUUCAUAGGUGUGUCCAGCGUGAUGAUGAGUUGAAGAGAGAGGUAGAAGAGCACAUUGUUGAGGCAGUAGAUGGAAUGUUUCUACUUGCCCGCCUUCAUGUUGAUUCCCUUCUCGAUAAGACGACUAAAUCCAAAGUUCGAGCUAUGUUGAAGGGCCUUUCUAGUGGCGAGGAAGCCUUAAAGAAGGCCUAUGACGAUGCGAUAAAGAGAAUAGAGGCUCAACAAGAGGGUUGUAGCGAGCUCGCAAAGAGAGUUCUAACGUGGAUCUCAUAUGCAGAGCGACCGCUAACGACAGAGGAACUAUGCCACGCUUUGGCAGUUAAUCCUGGCGACACCGACCUAGAUACAGACAACUUCGAAGAUAUGGAUGAUAUUGUAUCGUUCUGCGCAGGCCUUGUCACAGUUGACGACCAGAGCAAUAUAAUCCGCCUCAUCCAUUACACCACGCAAGAAUAUUUCCUGCGAAUCAGACAGGAUUGGAAUCCCACAGCUCAGCGGGACAUUACAACAACAUGUCUUACAUAUCUUUCAUUUGACCCGUUUAAGACCGGCGUUUCAGGCAUUUCUGGCAUCGACGAUUUCCAAGAUAUGCUUAAAACAUAUAUCUUCUUUGAGUACGCUUCUCAACACUGGGCACAGCAUGCAAUGUCAGUACAAGAGCAGGUGUUGGAAGUGGCACUUCCUAUCCUAAAAGAUAUGAAAUUAGUAUCCUAUCUUGUAUAUCCACCGUAUGAACUAAGAGCCUUACUCCGAGGCCUACGUUUCUCUGAACGGAUAAAGAAUACGACGGGUAUACAUCUAACAGCGAAACUUGGGCUACAGUACUUAUUACGAGUGCUUUUAGCAGGACUAGGCGACUUUGGUAACGCCAACCUGAAAGACGACCGAGGCCAAACUCCGUUAUCGUGGGCAGCAGAGCACGGACAAGCAGAAAUCGUGAAGAUGCUAGUAGAACGCGACGACGUGAAUGUCAAUUCAAAGGACAAUCAUGGCCAAACACCACUAUCAUCAGCAGGAAUGAAAGGACACGUAGCAAUUGUGAAGCUACUACUAGAACAGGACGAUAUCAGUGCCGACUUAACUAACAAUUACGGCCAAACGCCGUUGUGCAAGGCAGCAGAGCAAGGACAAGUAGCAAUUGUGAAACUGCUUAUUGAUCAAGAUGACGUUAAUGCCGACUCAAAAGACGACAGCGGCAGGACACCAUUAUUAUGGUCGGCAGCGCUAGGGUUCGAAGAAAUUGUAAAGCUCCUAGUAGAACGGGAUGACGUUAAUGCCGACUCAAAGGACAAUGAUGGCCGGACCCCAUUAUCAUGGUCAGCAAUAAACGGGCACGAAGAAAUUGUAAAGCUGUUAGUGGAACGGGACGACGUUGAUGCCGACUCUAAGGACAACGACGGUUGGACCCCAUUAACAUGCUCAGCACGGACAGGGUUCGGAGAAAUUGUAAAGCUGCUAGUAAAACGGGAUGACGUCAAUGCCGACUCAAAGAACAAUAAUGGUCGGACCCCAUUAUCAUUUUUAGCAGUAGACGGGUCGGCAGAAAUUGUAAAGCUGUUAGUAGAACGGGACGACGUUAAUGCUGACUCUAAGGACAACGACGGUCGGACACCAUUAUCAUGGGCUGGGGAAUGUGGCAAAAGCGAGAUUGUGGCAUUGUUACUACGACGUAACGACGUCAAUGCUGACUCUAAGGACAAUAGGGGCCAAACUCCGCUAUCAUGGGCAGCAUAUCACAAUACCCGAAUCGCAGUUAUAAAGCUACUUGCAAGUAGGGAAGAUGUUAAAGCCGACUCGAAGGACAACAAUGGCCGAACGCCAUUAUCCUAUGCAGCAACACAAUAUGGCCAAGAAAGCAAGUCUGUGAAGCUACUUUUGGAGAGGGACGACGUUGAUGUCAACUCAAAGGAUAAUGACGGCUUGACGCCGCUGAUGUGGGCGGCGCGAUUUGGCUUCGAAGGGACUGUGAGGGUAUUUGUGGAGCAAGAAAAUGUUGAUGUGAAUUUAAGGGACAAUGAUGGCCACACGGCACUGUGGUGGGCGGAAUCCGACGAAAGGGUGGGGUAUCGAGGAUGGGACGAAAUUGUGGAAAAGCUGAAGUCGAAGACCUCUCCAAUCGCAUGAGACGAGUAUGAUCAUCUAUAGUUAUACUCAAGAAUACAACCAUAACCUAUACACCCAACUUACACGUAAAUCCGCUAGACCUUCUAAAUCUACUUAGAUUACUGAUAAAAAAUACUCCCAC